GUUUUUUUUUUUUUUUUUUUUUUUGCAAAACUAGGGAAGUGUUUUUUUUUUAAAUUUAACGUAAUUUUUAUUCGUGUCAGGCAAACUGUCUAUCACUCGUUCAUUAGUCUUGAUAAAUUCAGUUUUGCCCCAACUCAAAAUUAUUGUCUUGCUAUCGUUUUAGUUUUUUUUUUUCUAGCAAAACUAUGGUAGUGUUUUUCAAAUUUGGACAUAUUCGGCCUAACGUCCCGCAACGCAAACAUGCAAUUAAAGGUUAUUUGAUUUUAUUUAAAUUAAAUUUUUAUUAUUUGAUUUCCAAUAUAUAAUUACAAAAUAAUGAACUCACCACCCACCCUCGGAUUCACAGUCACCAAUUUUUAGCUGCUUAUAUUAAUAUGUGCUUCUCCUAUUUUCUGUUCCUAUGAAUCUUCUUCAUCCACCCUCAACACAAUUCAUCAAAUAUUAUUAUCUCCAAUUCACCCAAAAAUGUCUUUAAAUUUUCUAUCUCCAACUCAAACCAAUCCAAUCAAUUUCAAAGACACCCACAAACCCCAAACCCACCUCCAAGGUGGGUUUUGUUUCAACAAAAAAAAUGAUGUUAAGGUGAGUUUUGGAAAGGGUAUCCGGUGUUCGGCGGCGGUGCCGCCGCCGGCGUGGCCGGGGACGGCGGCAGUGGAGCCGGGGAGGAAGAGUUGGGAUGGGCCUAAACCUAUAUCGAUUGUGGGAUCUACUGGUUCGAUUGGGACUCAGACGCUUGAUAUUGUUGCGGAAAACCCGGAUAAGUUUCGAGUUGUGGCACUUGCUGCUGGCUCAAAUGUCACUCUUCUUGCUGAACAGAUAAAGGCAUUCAAACCUCAAUUAGUUUCUAUUAUGAACGAAUCUUUAGUCGGUGAGCUUAAAGAAGCUUUAGCUGACGCUGAUUACAUGCCCGAAAUCAUUCCCGGGGAGCAAGGCAUCAUUGAGGUUGCCCGCCACCCUGAUUGUGUCACUGUAGUCACGGGCAUAGUUGGUUGUGCCGGUUUGAAGCCUACGGUUGCUGCCAUCGAAGCAGGGAAAAACAUAGCUUUAGCUAACAAAGAAACCCUGAUUGCUGGUGGCCCGUUUGUCCUUCCUCUUGCACAUAAACAUAAUGUAAAGAUUCUUCCUGCGGAUUCAGAGCAUUCUGCUAUAUUCCAGUGUAUUCAAGGCUUUCCUGAAGGUGCUCUAAGACGUAUAAUCUUAACCGCAUCUGGUGGUGCUUUUAGAGAUUUACCGGUUGAAAAACUAAAAGACGUUAAAGUAGCUGACGCAUUAAAGCAUCCUAACUGGAGCAUGGGUAAAAAAAUCACAGUGGAUUCCGCAACACUUUUCAACAAGGGUCUUGAAGUAAUUGAAGCCCAUUAUCUUUAUGGAUCGGAUUACGAUAAUAUUGAAAUCGUUAUUCAUCCUCAAUCGAUCAUACACUCCAUGGUUGAGACACAGGACUCUUCGGUCCUGGCCCAAUUAGGUUGGCCCGACAUGCGUUUGCCAAUUCUUUACACGUUAUCGUGGCCCGAUAGAGUACCUUGCUCUGAAAUCACAUGGCCUCGCCUCGAUCUUUGCAAGCUGGGAUCAUUAACAUUCAAAGAACCCGAUAAUGUGAAAUACCCAUCAAUGGAUUUGGCUUAUGCUGCGGGGCGAGCUGGUGGCACGAUGACCGGAGUUCUUAGUGCCGCUAACGAGAAAGCGGUUGAGAUGUUUAUCGAUGAAAAGAUAAAGUACUUGGACAUAUUUAAAGUCGUCGAGCUAACAUGUGAGAAGCAUCAAUCCGAAUUGGUGGCCGCACCUUCCCUCGAAGAAAUUGUACAUUAUGACCUGUGGGCUCGGGAUUAUGCUGCUAGCUUGACGUCGACGCCUGGUUUGACACCCCCGGUAGCCGUUGUAUGAGAAUACAGUUAAUGUUGCAAUUAACAUGGCGUAAUCGGGCGAGUGUGUAAUAAAGUUAAAGGGUAACAUUGUUUAAAACUCAUAUAAUACAAGUAUUAGCAUCUGAAUUUGUAAUACAUAUAAAUGAAGCUAGAUCUUCUAAGCUGAUAGCAACUUUGCAGUUCUUUAAAGAGUUAAUAGCAUGUUUGGUCCCUAUGCUUUGCAAA